AUGAUGAAUUUAAAACCUCCUAAAAGUUAAACUGAUAGUGCAUCAGAUAAUGGUGGUGCUAACAAAAUCAGUGACAAACAAAAGAUAUCUACUCUCAGGAAAGCAGUAUUGGAUUUAAGGGAAGAGAAAUCUCAAUUAAUGAAGCAGAUAGCAGAAUUAACACUCAAAAAUAAUCAACUAAUUAAGGAAAGAGAAGAUAUAGUAUGAUUAAAAUUAAUAAUUAUAGGAAGAGAAGCAUAAUACUAUGAUGAUGGAUUUAUAACGUUAAUCAACAAUGGUAAUCAAUAAACUAUUUCAAUUUAGAAUUCCACUAGUUUAACGCAGUCUUUUCGUCAAACAGAACUUAUUCAUACUAGUGGGGAUUAAUCUAAAUAGAUAACUAAAUUGAAACAGUAAAUAUUUUACAUAUUGCAAGAGAAUUAGAGUCAACCAUUGCUAAUUAUGAAGCUCGAUUUUCUAUUUUGUAAACUGCCUAUAAGGAUAUAGAACGUGAUUUAAAGAACAAAGAGAUAUAAAAUUAGAAAUUGACGAAGGAUGCUGAAGAAAAGACAGCAUUAAAUAAUUAACUCAAAAAGAAUAUAGAAGAUAUUGAGAGAGAUUUAUUUAACAAAAUUAAGGAUUUAAAAGCUGAGAAGAUGGAAAUUCAAUUGAAAUUAAAGACUUUAGAUAAGGAUAUCCAAUUGAAGGAUGAAGAAUUAAGAGUGAUACAUAAAGGAUUGGAUGAUUCUAGAUUCACAGUGGCUCAAUUAUAAGGAGAACUUGAAGAAACAAGGGGCAAGUUUAUUUAGUAUAAACUCAUUUUGCAGAAUUAAUUUUUGGAUUUUGAUUGUCUAUUUAUCUUAAGACAAAAUCUGUUUAAUGAUUACAUAUUCGAAUUAGAAACAGCAGCUUAGAAAUUCUAAUAUAAGGCGACUGACAUUACAGACUUGAAGAUUAAGGAUGAAUCCUCAUUUAUUUUGACUGUUAAAUCAAGAAGCAAAGAUGAAGUCUUCAAAAUUAUGCCCAAUCAGGAUUUAAAGAAGAUUUGCAAAUCAAUUAAGUAUCAAUUAAUUAAUAUCUAUUAUAGAAACUUUCUAUUAAAAGUUUAGCAAUAUUAAAUCAGUUAGUAGCAAACUCAAGUAUAGAGUCCAAGAAACAAUGGCCUCUUGGGUGGACUCAUGUCAAUUUUUGGAGGAAGUACAUCAUCGAAAAGUGGAAGCAAUACAAAUAGUGAAGCAAAACAAAAAUGA